AUGUACUGGAUGAGCUACAACAUGAAUUAUGAGGCAGGUCGUGGUGCCCACAAGGGUAUCUCUGCUCACGCUCUCGAGCAAGAUGAAGAACGACGUGUCAUCUUCAUGGACCAUAUUGUCGAGAUAGCUUUGGAUUUGAAGUUUUGUGACGAAGUUGCAAAAGAUGAAAGGACAGUCGACUCGCGGCCGAUGUUCGAAAAUUGGAACAAGGCGUUCGCAGCACAGGACGCAAUUUUCCCUCACCUCGUCUCCUCCGAUUCCCUUUUUCAAGAUAUCACUCGUGUCUCCUAUUAUCUUCCUCUUUUCUUGAAUAUGCACCUCCUUCACUUCUUUACGUUCAUUGCUUCUUGUCUCUCUGUUGCUCGUGCUUUCAGUGUGACAGUCGGGACUCCUACUCAAUGCGGACCUCUCAGCAUUUCGUGGACUGGUGGGCAAGCACCAUUUGAAAUACUCUUAGUCCCUUCCGACCAAAUAUAUCAGAAUAUACCUGUUCCUGCAUCGGCCUUCAGCAAUGGAAAAGGCUCUUAUUCAAUAUCGCAAUUGAUGUUGUUGUCGGCAACGCAGUUCGUAGUCGUUAUGUCUGACGCCACUGGAUUUGCUUCGGGUGGGACGACAAAUAAUUUAAUUGUUGGGAGUUCGACUGCAAACAAUUGCGGCGCUGCAGAUCCGCAUCCUCCUUACACGUUCGAAUUGUCUCCGCUGACGCAAUGCAGUCCAUUUACCAUUACGGCCAGUGGUGCAGUCCCGCCCAUUACUAUUGGGCAACUUAUUCCUGGCGGACUAUCAGUACUAUUCAAUUCCGGUAGCAGCACUUAUAGCUCGAUUUUAGAUGUCAGCGCAGGGACGAACGUCCUGUAUUUUGUCAACGACUCCUUGGGCAACCAAGGUGGGGUCAAUCAAUACGUGCCGGUCUCGGGGUCGAGCGAUUCCUCGUGCCUGAAUUUGCUAUCAUCUACUGCAGGCAUAUCGGCCACAUCCACAGCUUUUCCGUCAUCUAGUUCGAGCAGUUCAUCAAGCAGUCCGUCAAGCAGUCCAUCAAGCAAUUCUUCAAGCAACGAUGUUGCUAUCAUCGCAGGCGCAGCGGGCGGCGGCGGGGCUGUCCUUGUUGGGUUGGUCAUCCUCGGCAUAUGCUUGCGACGUAAACGGAAGGCAUCUCGUUUGCCGGACGUUCGGUCUUCUACAAAAAGCCAUCCGCAUCGACUGCAGCAUACAGAUACAAAUUACAAAGCCAACCCUCACCCACCACAAUCCCCUUCCCCAUAUACUCCUAGCAACCGCACCCGACCCAUUCAUUCUGGCCUAGGAACCCAGUCAGAGAUGACCAAUUCGUCUACCGUCACCUUCGCAGUUAGCGCCCCUCCCUCAUCAUUCAACCAGAAACAACAUUCGCGCCAGAACUCCAACACAGACUCUUCUGCCCACGGGGAUACUCAAAGUUCGACUGUGUCAUUCGCUAACAGCCACCAAUCACCCCCGUCCACCAGAAACUUCACACCCAACGAUCUUCGCACACCGUUCAAUCAGACACUGCAUUCACGCCAGACCUCAGCUACGUCAGCUGUUGAUAGGCGAAUGGCUAGCGUCGCUGAGCUGCCAUCACCGUGGGAGACAGAUCCCGUCAACUACCUUGGUCUAUCCAUCCAAUCCGGAUUCCAACAGAGUCCUAUUAAUGCGUCUGCCACCAACAUGGCGACUGGGGACCAUUACGCACCCUUUAAUCAGACACAGCCUUCGCACAUGAGCCCUAACACGGAGUUUGCUGUCUAUGGGGACGCUCAGAUGUCAGGUAUGACACCCGCCGAGCAUAUGGCUGCGGGGGCUCGACCAGCAUCACCAUUACCACGGAAGGUAGACCCUGUCUACUUUGCUCCACCCGUUCAAGUCGUAUCUCAAUCAACUUCUACCUUUACCGGCAACGACGCAGUUAAGAACCCUCCCGCACCCUCCAAUCAGGCACAAAGUUCCGGUCAGAGCCUUGGUACAGACAGGUUAGAUGUGCACGGAGCAUCUGAAGGUCAAUCUGUACCGUCGGCUAACGCCCAAACGACCUACCAACCUCCUAGCCGAAUCAUCGUUCAUACAGACGCUAAUGAUGUUGUGCCAAACGAAAAUGGUGUAGUUGAACUUCCGCCGCAGUAUUCACAGCAUUGGGAAAUGCGUGCUCACUGA